CACUAUGGCAACAGCUUUGUGUACUAGCCCAGAAACCCGCUGAAAAACUGAGACUAUCACUCUCUCUCUUUUUUUUUUUUUAACACUGCUAUUUUUCCAAAUAGCUAUACUACAGAGACUCAAAGAGCAUCCAUAUCUGAGGGAUAAAUGAAGAGAAGCAAGCACCCGUCUUCAAGGAGAGCUGAAAUCCAGCAACUCUACCUAGACUAUGCUGCAGGGCAGGAAACUUUGCCUGCCAGUGCACUGCUAAUGUUCAUCCACAAGGAGCAGAAGGAACUCACAGCAAAUGAAGACACUGCAGAGAGUUUGAUUGACAGAUUUGAGAUAGACGAGACAGCCAGAGAAAACAGGUCCAUGACCUUUGAAGGGUUCCUCAGGUACAUAGAAUCCAAAGAGUGCUGUGUGUUCAACCAGGCCCAUACGUCAGUGUACCAAGACAUGGACCAGCCUCUCACCAGUUACUUCAUCUCCACAUCACACAACACCUACCUGAUCGGAGAUCAGCUAGUAGGAGAAAGCAGCCUGGAGGCCUAUGCUAGUGCUCUGAGGAAAGGCUGUCGCUGUCUGGAGAUUGACUGCUGGGAUGGGCCAGACAUGGAGCCCAUAGUUUACCACGGCCACACCCUCACCAGCAAGAUACUUUUUAGGGAUGUUAUCACCACUGUGGGGCAGCACGCCUUUGAGGUGUCUGCUUACCCGGUGAUUCUGUCUUUGGAAAACCAUUGCUCCUGGGAGCAGCAGGAGGUCAUGGCCCAUUAUCUUAUCUCUAUCCUGGGCGACAACCUGCUGACAGCUCCCUUGGAUCGCCCUGCUGCUGAAGACCUCCCAAGUCCACAUGAAUGUCAGGACCUGAAGUAUAAGAUCCUCAUCAAGAAUAAAAAGAUAAAGCAUCAGAUUAAGGCAGAGGAUGCUGCAGAGGAGAGUGCAAAUGAGGGUGAGGAGGAUGAGGAUGAGGAGCAGGAAGAGGAGGAAAAGGAGCAUCAAACACGAGCAAAGUUCUGGUCUCCCAGAAAGGAAGGGUCCAAGAAGAAAAAGAAGAAGGUGGUGGUAGCUGAGAGUUUGUCUGACCUGGUUAUAUACACAAAGUCUGUCAAGUUCAUCAGUUUUAGUCACUCCAGAGACCAUCAGAACUAUUAUGAGAACACAUCUGUGGAAGAGAAGAAGGCUCACAAGCUAGUCAAAGCGUCAGGUUCAGAUUUUGUUCAGCACAACCAGAAGUUCCUCAGCAGGAUUUAUCCAGCGGGCUUCAGGAUGUCUUCCUCAAACUAUAAUCCUGUGGAGUUUUGGAAUGUCGGAUCGCAGCUCGUGGCUCUCAAUUUCCAAUCUCCGGGAUUGCCUAUGGACCUUAACGAUGGCCUUUUCCAGGACAAUGGGGGUUGUGGCUAUGUCCUGAAGCCAGCAGUUCUCAUGUCCAGUCAGAUGAGCUUUGAUCCCAGCAGCAGCCGGCACAACCUUAAGUCAACAUCCCUGAUGCUCAAGGUGAUCAGUGGGUCCACCCUACCCCUGCCCAAGAGUGGAAAAGCUCUGGACCCCUUUGUCAGAGUGGAAAUUCACGGGAUUGCGUCAGAUAUCUGCAGAAAAAGCACACACACUGUCAAAAACAAUUCUCUGAGUCCUCACUGGGAUACUGACAUGGCCUUCAAAAUUCGCCUGCCUGAGCUCUGCCUCAUUCGCUUCUGUGUCAGAGAUCAGACCGGCUUUCUCAGCAGUGAGUUUGUGGGCCAGUACACCCUGCCCUUCAACAGCCUGAAGAAAGGCUACAGGUGGGUGCCUCUCCAAUCCAAAGACGGAUUCAGCCUGGAUCCAGCCUCCCUAUUUGUCUAUAUCUGGUAUUCCUAAACAACACGUCUCCAUAUCAGACUUGCUCACAUGGCGACACAGACACACACGCGUUGGCAGCAGAUAGAGAAGCGAGGCUGAUGUAGGAGCAACAGCAGCAACAAUGAAAAUGUAUAAAUAAAUCAAA